AUGGACCCCUCUUCAACGAGUAAUCCUUAUCCUCACAUCGCUCAACAUCGCCAGCACGCUCUCCCAGGAAAUGGAGAUGACAAAGUCGACAUGUCCAAGGACAAUCCAUCGGCCUUCGAUAUGGCUUCCCAAAUGUCGCAUGACAAAGGCAGCAUCGAGUCGUACUCGAGGUCUUCUUCUUUCGGCACCAAAUGCUUAAACGUAUUCCGCUCCUAUAAACUUGCUCCUGACAAUGAUAACACUGACGUGAAAAAUAGUGAAGACUUUUUACAACCUCGUCACUUGCAAAUGAUUGCCGUCGGUGUUUGCAUCGGUACCGGUCUUUACGUCGCCAUCGGAAAAUCUCUCAAAAAUGCUGGCCCUGCUAGUCUUUUAAUUAACUUUAUCGUCCUUACUUCUAUGAUUCUUCCCUUAAUUAUCUCUCUGGGUGAGCUUUGCUGUGUAUUUCCCAGCCAACCCAGUAUUACCAUGUAUCCAGGCCGUUUGGUCAGUGAAAACCUUGGCUUUGCUUGUUCUUGGCUUUACUACUGUAUUUGGCUUACCACAUUGCCUAGUGAAAUUUCCGCCGCUGCUGAAGUGGUUGGAUUCUGGAAGAGUCAGCAUGUUAAUAUUGCUGUUUGGGUAACGAUCUUCUUGGCCUACGUCGUACUUGUGAACGCCAUGGGUGCUCGUGGUUAUGGUGAAACUGAAUUUUUUAGCUCUUUUCUAAAAGUGCUUUCUAUCGUCAUCUUCUUCUUUACUUCCAUCGUCAUUAACUGCGGUGCUGCUCCCAAUAGUAACGGCUACAUUGGUGCGAGAUUCUGGCACCACCCAGGAGCUUUCCGAAAUGGCUUUAAAGGUUUCUGCUCUGUCUUUAUUUCUUCCGCUUAUUCCCUUACAGGUACUGAAAAUAUUGGUACAGCCGCAGGAAAUACCUCCCACCCUCAAAAGGCGAUUCCUAGUGCUGUCAAAAAGGUGUUUUACCGAGUCUUUUUCUUUUACAUCGUCACUAUUUUCUUGAUUACCCUGGUUGUACCCUACGACGAUCCUGGACUUGGUAGUACGAGUCCUUUUAUCCUUGCCAUCCAAAACGGUGGUAUUAGAGUGCUUCCUGAUAUCUUCAACGCUAUUAUCCUUGUUUCUAUUCUGUCCGUCGGUAAUAGUGCUGUCUUUGCUGCUUCAAGAAGUGGUAUUGCCCUUGUCCGCCAAGGAUGGGCUCCUCGUAUUCUUGGACGAGUGGACCAGAAGGGUCGUCCUGUCAUUAGUUACUUGAUAUCCUUUGCUUUUGCGUGCAUCAGUUAUGCCAAUGCUGCUCCUAAGGGAGGUGUUGUUUUUGACUGGGUGUCCUCUGUAUCCGGUGGUGGUUCGUUUUGCAUUUGGGGCCUCACAUUCUUGUCACACAUUCGUCUUAGGCUCAGUAUGAAGGCUCAAAACAUUCCCGAAACUAUUUUGCCUUAUCGAUUUGCAGGCAGUCUUUACAUGAGUUUUUAUGGUCUACUGAUCAACUUUUUAGCAUUGUGCACUUUGGUGUAUAUUUCCAUUUUCCCUGUCACACAUGAUCCCCCCAAUGCCUAUGACUUUUUUGUAUCCUUCCUCGGCCCUUCGAUUUUCAUUGUUGGAUUGGUAGUUAGCCCAGCAGUUGUGGGAUUCAAAUAUACAACGUUGAAAAACAUAGAUUUAGUCACUGGCCGCUACGACAUUGUCGGCAUGAAGGGCUUCCGAGCGGAUUCUAGUGAAACAGAGCUUGAGCAAAAAGACAAAGAUAGCAAUAGCGCUUUUGUGGGACAAAGUUCAGAUCUUGAAAAGUCUCCAGAGGCGUAUCAAAACAACCGUCCAAAGAGAGGUAUUUGGAGCGGUAUUUAUCAUAUAUUGUGUUAG